AUGUACUCUGCCGAAAAUGACAGCCUCAACACACAGGUUGCUCAGCUGCACGACGAGAUUCGGAACCUCCGCACUCUACUUAUGGGCCAUAAAGAUUGCCCCGUCGGUCACGCCCAAGGUAUCGGGCAGUUCUUGAGCGGUAUGCAAGACCCCAACGCAUUCAACAAUCAACAUGUCAAUCCGUACGGUAUGGGCUUGCCGAAUGGCGCUCCUCUACAACCUGGCAUGCAGAGAACGUGA